GCCUAUGAAAGCCCAAUCUCAUCAUGGAAACGAUGCUGCCUCGGUGACCGGCUAUUACCGGUUUGUCGAAUCUUAAAAGCGCAAACGGCUACCCGGACCUUUCAAAUUUCCAAAUCCCUCUUUGCCUCAGUGAUGGCGGCCAACGCUUUCCAGAGCUCUACCCCCAUGAAGACCCCCAACCCUAAGAACCAUUCCUCCGCCUCCCGGAGAGCUCCGCCGCCCAAUCAGAUGGACUCCUCCGUCUCCGCCGUCGCGGAUUUCAAGUCCCGCUUCGAGGCCUACAACCGCCUCCAGGCGGCCGCCGUCGCCUUCGGCGAGAGGCUCCCCAUCCCGGAGAUCGUGGCCCUUGGCGGCCAAUCUGAUGGCAAAAGCUCGCUACUUGAAGCCCUCCUCGGCUUCCGGUUCAACGUGCGGGAGGUCGAGAUGGGCACUCGGAGGCCUCUCGUGCUCCAGAUGGUUCACGAUCCCUCAGCCCUCGAACCCCGCUGCAGAUUCCAGGAAGAGGAUUCGGAGGAGUACGGGGGUCCAAUUGUUUUGGCUUCUGCGAUCGCUGAUCUUAUAAGAUCACGAACAGAGGCACAUCUGAGAAAGCUCCAAUCUUCCGUUUCCUCUAAGCCAAUCGUGAUGAGAGCCGAAUAUGCCCAUUGCCCUAAUCUCACCAUCAUUGACACCCCUGGCUUUGUUCUUAAGGCAAAGAAAGGCGAGCCAGAGAGCACGCCAACUGAGAUUUUGUCAAUGGUGAAGUCACUUGCAAGCCCUCCUCAUCGUCUUCUCUUGUUCCUCCAGCAGAGCAGUGUGGAAUGGUGUUCUUCGCUUUGGUUAGAUGCAAUUCGUGAGAUUGAUCCCACUUUCAAACGGACAAUGAUAGUCGUCUCCAAGUUCGAUAACCGGUUGAAGGAAUUUACUGAACGGUGGGAAGUGGACAACUAUUUGAGCGCCAAUGGUUAUCUUGGUGAGAACAUUCGCCCAUAUUUUGUGGCACUGCCCAAGGACCGAGGCAGCGUCUCAAACGAGGAAUUUCGCAGGCAGAUUUCUCAGGUAGACGCAGAAGUACUGCGUCAUUUGCGUGAUAGUGUCAAUGGAGGAUUCGAUGAGGAAAAGUAUGGACCAUAUGUUGGAUUUAGUUGUCUCAGACAAUACUUGGAAUCUGAGCUUCAAAGGAGAUACAAGGAAGCAGCUCCUGCAACACUUGCCCUGUUAGAACAGCGUUGUAAUGAAGUCUCCAUCGAAUUAGCUCGGGUGGAAUCUAAGUUACAGGCAACCUCUGACGUUUGCCAUCUUCGGAGGUCAGCCAUGUUGCACGUAGCCUCUAUUUGCAGUCAUAUGGUGGCACUAAUUGAUGGAGCAUCAGAUCCUGCUCCUGAAGAGUGGGGUAAAACCACUGACGAAGAGCAGUCAGAUAGUGGCAUUGGCAGCUGGCCGGGAGUCACCGUGGCCGUGAAGCCUCCCAAUCACACCCUUAAACUCUAUGGUGGAGCAGCAUUUGAGAGAGCAAUGCAUGAAUUCCAAUGUGCUACAUACUCCAUCGAGUGCCCACUGGUUUCUAGAGAAAAGGUCGCAAAUAUACUGCUCGCUCAUGCCGGCAGAGGAGGGGGUGGAGGCUUAACCGAGGCAGCUGCUGAAAUAGCACGCGCAGCAGCACGAGCAUGGCUUGCUCCUCUUCUUGAUGCUGCGUGCGAACGACUCUCUUUUGUUCUCAAGAGCCUUUUUGACUUGGCUUUGGAGCGCAAUCGAAGCCAUGACUCCGACUAUUGGAGGAAAACUGGUGAUAUGGAUGGGUAUAUCGGAUUUCAUGCUGCUCUAAGGCGUUCUUACAACAACUUCAUCCAGGAUCUCUCCAAGCAAUGCAAGGAAAUAGUGCAACAUCAUCUCAGUUCAGUGACCAGCCCAUACUCCCAAGUGUGCUAUGAAAAUGAUCUUGUAGGUGAUGUUGGCAGAUUUAACCAGCUCUCUGCCACCUCAUUUGUUCUGGAUCUGUCAGAUGCAAAGGAUGAAAUGGGUGCAGAUCAAGAGAACAUACCACCCAGAGAUCAACAGCAUUCAACACCUGGUAAAGCAACUGAAGCAAAGGAUGCUCUAAGGGAAAGUCAAAUGACAGUUCCUGAGACGCCUUCACCUGAUCAGCCACAAGAUGUUUAUGGGGUCAAGAAGGAUACUGUGAACUUGAUGGAUAUUGGAGGAAGAAAACGACAAGCGAGAAUCAUAACUUCUGGAAGAAAUUUGGAAGCUAACAGGAACCAAAACACUAGCAUUUUGUUUGGUGCAGGUAAUAAGGGCUCAAGAACAGGAUCAUCAUAUGCUGAGAUCUGUUCUAUGUCAGCUCAACAUUUUGCCAGGAUACGUCAGGUCCUCAUCGAGAGAAACAUUCCAUCAGCCUUGAGUGCUGGAUUCCUGACUCCCUGUCGCGAGAGGCUGUUCGUUGCGCUUGGCCUUCAGCUGUUCGCCGUGAAUGAUGAGAAGUUCAUGGACAUGUUUGUGGCGCCGGGUGCGAUCGAUGUCCUUCAAGGCGAGAGGCAGUCACUCAACAAGCGCCAAAAGGUCUUGCAAUCUUGUUUGAACGAGUUCAAGAACAUCGCCCGGGCACUCUGAGUGCAAUUCUCGCUGGCGCUGAAGCUGCUUUGGAUUUGGAAGAUGAUUCCCUGCCGAUGGAAAAGGCAUCUCUGAAGAUGCAAUCGAAAUGUCGCUGUCAAUUUCUUUAUGACAGGUUUGCGAUCUUCUAGUUUUCUGAUUGAUUGGGACAUUGUCUUUCUUGACAAACCACAUGAGUCCAUUUCAUUUUGGAAAGAAAAACAAACAAAUCAAUAGUCAAAUUUGCUCUGCA